GGCGGCGCCGGCGACGGGGCAGCUCGUCGACCGGGAGGACAUCCGCAACGUUGCCAUCAUCGCGCACGUGGACCACGGCAAGACCACGCUGACGAACGCGAUCAUGAGGCAGAACUCCCCAGAGGAGACCAUCAACUCCAUGGACAGCGACCAGAUCGAGUCGGAGCGGGGCAUCACGAUCCUGGCCAAGAACGCGUCCGUCGACUACAAGGGCGUCAAGAUCAACCUCAUCGACACCCCAGGGCACGCCGACUUCGGCGGCGAGGUCGAGCGGAUCCUCAACAUGGCCGACGCCUGCCUUCUGCUCGUGGACGCGCAGGAGGGGCCGAUGCCGCAGACCAAGUUCGUGCUGCGGCAGGCCCUGGCGCUCGGGCGCAAGGUCAUCGUGUGCAUCAACAAGGUCGACAAGCCAGCCGCGCGCUGCGACUGGGUGCUGGACAGCACCUUCGACCUCUUCGGCGCGCUCGGGGCGAACGACGAGCUCUGCGACUUCCCUGUGGUCUACGCCUCGGGAGCCCUCGGCGUGGCCUCUGUGGACGGCCCGGGCUCGCUGGAGAAGGACCUGUCCCCGAUCCUCGACCUGAUUUUGGAGGAGUGCCCGAAGCCCAAGGUAGACGCCUGCGCGCCAGUGCAGAUGCUGGUGUCCAACCUGGACUACGACCCCUUCAUCGGGCGUAUCUCCAUCGGCCGCCUCACAUCUGGCAGCCUCGAGAGGGGCAAGCUGGUCGGAUUCCAGUACGGCCCCGAGGGCAAGAUCAGGACAGCCAAGAUCAGCAAGCUCUGGGACUUCCACAACAAUGGCAGGAGGAGUGCCGACAGGAUCGACGCUGGCGACAUCUGCGCGUUCACCGGAAUGGACGACGUGAGGAUCGGCGACACGGUGGUGGAUCCGGCUGGGAGGUCCCUGGCCCUCCCGCCGAUCGUGGUGGAGGAGCCCACGGUUGCCAUGGAGUUCGGGGUGAACACCUCGCCCUUCUGCGGCCAGCUGCCAGAGUCCCGGUGGCUGACCGGCAGCCAGCUGAAGACCCGCCUCGAGAAGGAGGCGAUGUCCAACGUGGCCCUCCGCGUCGAGCCCGGCCGGGGCAACGACUUCUUCAGGGUGAAGGGCCGCGGCGUCCUGCAGCUCGGGGUGCUCGUCGAGAACCUGAGGCGCGAGGGCUUCGAGAUCAUGAUCGGCGCGCCGGAGGUCAUCCUGCAGACCGACGCGGCGACAGGGGAGCAGCUGGAGCCGUACGAGGAGGUGGUGGUAGAUGCGCCCACGGAGUACCAGGGUGUGGUCAUGGAGGAGAUGCAAAAGAAGUCUGCCGAGAUGGUCUCCAUCCGAAUGCGGGCCAAGGGAGGACACGAUGAUCAUGUCCUUCAAGAUGCCAACACGCAACCUCAUCGGUAUGCAGGGAGUUUUCAUGCGCCGGACGAAGGGGCAUGCUGUGAUGACCUCGCGAUUCCUUGAGUACGGCCCAUUCCAGGGAGACAACGUCCGCUUCCGAGAAGCGGGCUCCAUAGUUUCUUCCGCCGCGGGCAAGGCGACGUCGUACCAGCUGGUCAAGUGGAAAAACCGCGGAUCGUUCUGGGUAGCCCCCGCCGAGGCGGUGUACGAGGGCAUGGUCUGUGGGAUCCACCACAAAGACGAGGACAUCCACGUCAAUAUGACCAAGGCGAAGGGGGUGACCAACGUCCGCGAGAAGACCUCGACUGGCGUUGAACAGCCGCCCCCGCCCCUCCAGAUGACCAUCGACGACUUCCUGGGGCACAUGGACACGGACGAGCUGCUCGAGGUGACACCGGGCCCGGUCCGGCUCCUGAAGAGAAACUCCAAGGCCCUCAAGGCGCGGUGAGCGGCCGCCCCACGCCUCCUUCGAGGAGGCCGCCGUGCAGCUGCUUUUUUUCGGGCAGUAUGGCUGCUCCCGUCCCGGAGAUCCGACGCUCCCAAACAAUCUCAUCGGGCGGUUCUCGUAUGCGCGGCAUUGCGGAUUCAAACCGAGGGCUCAACAGCAGGAGCGCUGGGGAAUGUCAAGCUCGAGAGCUUAGUAACUGAGUAUAGAGUUUGUGCGCUGCUUUCAUCUUAGGCCCGUGCUGAAACUCAAGCUCAAGCAGCAUGUCCUUUCUGCCUGCUCGCCCUCAGGCCUGAGCUCUCCCAGCUUAGGCUCCUCCGCCUGCUGCAGCAGUGUGCUGCUGCUUGUGUUCCUCCUGUUGUUAAGGUUUAGACUUAGGUCUGUGUUUCAGGCGAUCGCAAACAUGGAUCAAGGGGGCGUGGAUUAGCGACGGGUCCCGUUUCCAGGGGAAAUCGCGGAUUUCCACCGCCGAGCGAGGCGGCAACGGCCGCAUUUUGGGGAGGGCACCUCCCCGAUCCAUGGAUUUGGCGACCGCUCGCCAAAUCCAUGGAUCGCUAAUCCAUGUUUGCGCGCCCCCGAGUGUUGCCGUGCGGUUUCGCAAUGUCUCCGCAGGUGGAGCUUGCUUUUGAAACCUUCAAGGUGAAGGUCACCGUGACGAUGCAUUCUUGAAAUCAGAGCUGACGAUCAUUGUGUAGUUACUGGAGCAUGCCCUCGGGCUGUAUUCUGUUUGGGGCUGCACGUUCGCGUGCAGGUGCUGUUCUUGAGUCGGUGACUUUUGGACUGCACCGUUUCGAUAGUUCCACUAGGUUUUUUCAACACUACCACGGUACAGCAUGGCCCGCGGCCUGAGCCGUAGCAGUGAUUUGGCAUGUCUUUCUUGUAGUUCACGUGCCCGUGCACGGCUGUUGGGAAGUGGCCCGGUGCCCGAGAUCUGCCGCAUUUCUGUCGCCCGCUGCGUGCCUUUCCCGUGAAGCUAUCGCCAUGCCUCUCCUCGCCUGGCCGCGCAUCUCUCUUCUCUUGCCAGGCCGCGCCUCGCAUCGCCCUGCCUGCCCUCAUCGUCCCUUACCUUGAGGCUCUGCCAAGGGGGGGUCGUCACAGGCGCGUCGCCAGCUCCUCCUG